AUGGGAUUAAACAUUACAGAUACACCUUUUCUUACCACCGCCGCCACCACUAUGGCCACGCUCGUCAUCGUCUUGAUUUCCGUUGUUGUCUGUGCUAUAAAAAUUCUUAAGAUGUCUACAACUCAGAAAAAACUUAACCAGAGCCUCCCACUCCCUCCAGGUCCUAAACCAUGGCCAUUAAUCGGAAAUAUCCCGGAGAUAAUUCGCUACAAACCCACAUUCCGGUGGAUCCACCAGCUGAUGAAGGAACUCAACACCGAUAUUUGCCUUAUUCGUCUAUGGAAUACUAAUAUUGUCUCUAUCAACUGUCCUAUCCUCGCAAACGAAAUGCUUAAACAGAACGAUGCAGUUUUCGCUAGCCGACCACUGGCUUUUUCUGCUAAGUGCAUGACCGGAGGAUACUUGACGACAGUUCUUGUUCCUUAUAAUGAUCAGUGGAAGAAAAUGAGAAAGAUUCUAACGUCGGAGAUUCUUUCGCCGGCUAGACACCAAUGGCUGCAUGAUAAAAGAAAUGAGGAGGCAGAUAAUCUUGUGUUCUAUGUUCAUAAUCAGUACAAAUGCAAUAAGGCUGUUAAUUUAAGAUUAGCCACCCGCCUUUACAGUGGUAACGUGAUCAGAAAGAUAAUCUUUGGCCGGAGAUACUUCGGAAAAGGAACGGAUAAUGGAGGACCGGGGCGCGAAGAAAUCGAUCAUGUUGAUGCAGUUUUUGCUGCACUGAAAUAUAUGUAUGCAUUUUGUUUAUCUGAUUACUUGCCAAAUAUCUUGCAGAGGUUUUAUUUUGAUGGACAGAAAAAGAUCAUUGUUAGGGCAAACAAGAUCAUAAGGGGCUACCAAAACCCUUUAAUAGAUGAAAGAAUUAGACAAUGGAAGAGUGGUGAAAGAAAAAUAAUGGAGGACUUGCUUGAUGUUUUCAUCACCCUCCGAGAUUCUGACGGCAGGCCAUUGCUCAACGACGAUGAGAUCAAAAAUCAACUCGCUGAGGUGAUGAUAGCAUCAAUAGAUAACCCGGCGAAUGCUGUAGAAUGGGCAAUGGCUGAGAUGCUAAAUCAGCCUAAAAUGUUGGAGAAAGCAACGAAAGAAUUAGAUAUGAUCGUUGGAAAGGAGAGACUUGUUCAAGAAUCUGAUAUUGCAAAACUGAACUAUCUAAAUGCGUGUGCAAAAGAAGCAUUUAGGCUGCAUCCAGUUUCAUAUUUCAAUCCUCCUCAUUUUGCAAUGCAAGAUACUACACUUGGUGGUUAUUUCAUCCCUAAAGGUAGCUGGACAUAUCUUAGUCGCGCUAGUCUUGGCCGGAACCCUAAUACAUGGCAAGAUCCCCUCAAAUUCAAUCCCGAGCGCCACUUGGAUAACGGGGAAGUCGUCCUGACCAAGCAUGACCCGAGGUUUAUAAUUUUUAGCACAGGUCGUCGAGGAUGUGUAGGCACUUUGCUUGGUAGUUGCAUGACAACUAUGUUACUUGCGAGGAUGAUCCAAUGCUUUUCCUGGAGUCUGCCGGAGAAUGUAGUCAAUGUUGAUCUUACGGAAGCUGUUGAUGAUCUCAGUCUCGCUAACCCGGUCAUGGCAUUUGGUAUGCCUCGAUUGGCUCCUCAUAUGUAUCCUACUUCAUCUUGA